CACCGGCCAGUCGUGGGGAAGCCGAUGAGCGCCGAAGAAUCAGUCGGUCGUUGGCUGCCAGUUGUUGAAUAAAAUUCUGUGCAUGUGUGAUCGGGGACGUGUGCGUGUACAACGAUAAACACAGCGAAAUCACCGGAGUACAGACACUCUGGUUACUGGUUACCGUUGAGACGUGAGUGUCUGUGGUAGUUUGAGUGUCAACAAGUGUUCCACAUUUAUUUGUCCGAGUUAACGAGGGAUUUAACGGAGUCCAAGGGCUUCACUGGUGACCAUGGCAGCCCACCCUGAAGUUGGAAUCGGAGAUUUCGUUCUACUCGAUGAAAUCAGCAUUGAAAAUGUCGUGAAAAACCUCAAAACAAGAUUUUCCGGUGGAAAAUUUUACACGUACAUCGGUGAAGUAUGCGUGAGUGUAAAUCCCUACAGGACAACCCACAACUACGAGACAGAUCAAAUAAACAAGUACAAAGGGAGGGAACUCUUUGAGAAUCCACCUCACAUAUUCGCGAUUGCCGAUGCUGUCCAUCGCGAAAUGAAGCAACAAGGACGUGACACAUGCAUUGUCAUAAGUGGCGAGUCUGGUUCGGGUAAAACCGAGGCCAGUAAAAUAAUUAUGAAGUACAUUGCUGCCAUCACUAAUCUAUCUGGUCAACAGGAGAUUGAAAGGGUGAAGAACGUACUUAUUCAGUCGAAUUCCAUUUUGGAGGCAUUUGGUAAUGCCAAGACCAAUAGAAAUGACAAUUCCUCGCGGUUUGGGAAAUACAUGGAUAUUAAUUUUGACUUCAAGGGAGAUCCUGUUGGCGGACAUGUGACAAAUUAUCUUCUUGAAAAGUCCAGAGUUGUUUAUCAGCAAAAAGGAGAGAGAAAUUUUCAUUGUUUUUAUCAGCUAUUGAACGGCUGUAGUGAAACAGAACUGAACACACGCGGUCUUAUAUCAGACCCGAGUGUCUAUUACUACAUAAGUCAUGGAAAAAACGUAACAACUGAUAGGAGUGAAUUCAAAGCAGUUAAUUCUGCACUGGGUACCCUCAGAUUCACGUCCAACGAUAUUAACACAAUUUGGAAUGUUAUCGCGGGUAUACUUCACUUGGGUAACGUGAGAUUUACACUCGAGGAUGAAAAAUUGGUGAUUGAAAAUAAAAAAGCACUGAACGAUGCAGCGAAACUCUUUGGAAUUCAUUCUAAUGAGUUGGGGAAGGCUCUGUCGGAACGGGUUAUUGCAGCUGGGGGAGAAAUUAUGCAGAAGAGCCACGGGCUCAUGGAGGCUGAGUAUGGACGCGAUGCCCUUGCAAAAGCAAUAUACGAUAGACUAUUUUCCUGGAUAGUAUCACGUAUCAACGCUUGUAUAAACGUCAACGAUGACGACGGUUUCUACAAACGUUACCGAGGGACUGUCAUUGGUGUACUCGACAUCUACGGCUUUGAGAUAUUCGAGGCAAAUAGCUUUGAGCAAUUUUGCAUCAACUAUUGCAAUGAGAAGCUGCAACAGUUGUUUAUAGAAUUAGUACUCAAACGUGAACAGGAGGAGUAUCAGAGAGAGGGGAUUGCCUGGCAGGCGAUUGAGUACUUCAAUAAUCAAAUUAUAUGCGAUCUUGUUGAACAGAACCACAAGGGCAUAUUGGCAAUAAUGGACGAAGCCUGUUUGAACGUUGGCAAGAUCACGGACGAGAUGCUGCUUGAAGCUAUGGACAAGAAGCUAUCCAAUCACAAGCACUACACCUCCCGCCAGCUGAGCCCAAUGGACAAGCAACUGGAGCACAGAAAACAAUUCCGAAUAAAGCACUACGCGGGCGAUGUUGUGUACAACAUCAACGGUUUUCUGGAUAAAAACAAAGAUACAUUGUUCCAAGAUUUCAAGCGGUUAAUGUACAACAGUAACAGUAAAAUAGUAAGUGAAAUGUGGCCAGAAGGUUCAGAUGCAAUAACGAAAACAACGAAGAGGCCGUUAACCGCUGGCACAUUAUUUCGGAAUUCAAUGGUUGCUCUUGUGAAGAAUUUAACGAGUAAAGAGCCAUUUUACGUACGUUGUAUAAAACCCAACGAGGUCAAGUCACCCGUGAUAUUCGACGACGAGAGGGUUGAGCACCAGGUACGAUACCUCGGAUUGCUGGAGAAUAUUCUCGUGAGGAGGGCGGGUUUUGUUUAUCGACAGCGAUAUGAUAAAUUCCUGAAACGUUAUAAAAUGAUCUCCCAGUACACGUGGCCCAAUUUCCGAGGUGGUAGUGACAAGGAUGGGGUCAGGACACUCCUCGAGGAGAAGGGCUUCGCUCAUGAUGUCAAAUAUGGACAUACCAAGGUCUUCAUUCGAUCCCCCAAGACUCUGUUUGCACUGGAGAAAGCGAGAAGUGAUUUAAUUCCCGGAAUCGUUGUUCUUCUGCAAAAGCAGUGGCGAGGGUACCUGUGCAGGAUGAUGUACAAGAAGAUGAAGGCUGCGAUGGUCAUGAUGGAGUGCUACAGGAGGAUGAAGAGACGUCGUUAUAUCUGUGAACUGGAGAGAACCUUUAGGGAUGCGAAAAAUCUGCAUAAUUAUGGGAAGAACCUGCAGUGGCCCCAGGAAAAUUAUUAUGUGAAACACGUUGUGCCUUCCCUGAGGAUGAUGUUUGCUAGGUGGUAUGCCUGGAUGAUCUUGAGGAAGAUCCCCAGGGAGGAGUGGCCACAGCUGAGGCUCAAGAUGACCGCGGGGGCUGUCCUCAGGCCCAAAAGACAGUACUGGGGGCAGGAGAGACGCUGGGAGGGCAAUUAUCUCUCCAGGCCAGAGGAAAAUCCUCAUUAUGAUGCCUUCAACGCUUCCAUAAACAAUUUAAAAAAUUCGGAUCACUUUAAAACAGUUUUAUUCAGUGGAUUUAUCAGGAAAACAAAUCGAUUCGAUAAACAGGCGGAUCGUGUGCUCGUUAUUACAGAGCACGCAAUUUACAAAUUGGAGAGUUCGAAAUUUAAGACUAUGAAAAAAGGAAUUCCGAUAACUGAAAUCACUGGUAUCAGUGUAUCACCAGGAGUUGAUCAGUUGGUCACCAUUCAUUCCAACAGAGGAAAUGAUUUUAUUUUCUCCAUCACUGCCAAGGAUAAUAGGGUGGGGGAGGUCGUUGGGGUGUUGUGUACGAGAUACUAUCAACUCAGGGGAAGUGAUCUUCAUGUGACUGUUGAUACGCGAUUCAAGUGCAUGGUUGGAAACAAAAGUCGAUUGUUGAGGGUCGAGGUGAGAUCAGACGUGUCUACUCCGUCGUUUUUCAAAGAUGGAGAUCAAAUUGUUCAUGCAUUACCACCGUCUGUUAGUAUUAUUGAUGCUGGCGUCAACGGUAGGCAGAGUAUCCGGUGAAUAAAAUAAAUCUAUUGAUAUGGUAAUAUUAUAAAUAAUUGGGAGUACAAAAAAUUGUGUACUUAAAAUUUGUUGUUACAAUUGGAUUACAAAAAUGUGGCCUGAGUAACGUAAUUAGUGAUAAAAAUACAAUUUGUACUACUGAUUGAUCAAAAAUCCGCUGGGCGAUUUGUUUAUUCUCUCAAUUUAUUUUAUAAUAUAUAAUAUAUGGAUGUUGUAUACUUCUUUCGUCUUGAAAGUGUAUUUUUAUACAAUUUUUAUCACGUUUAAUGAGUAAUAUUACAUGAACGAAAAAUAUUUUUUUGUGCCAUGCCAGAGUAGCAAAUGAUUUCUUUAUUUUACGAAGAUAUAAAUUUGAUACUCUGUGCAAUAGACUUGUGAAUAAUGAGAGAUAAAAUCGGUAAAAUUAAAUUAAACAAAUGUUGAGUCUUCACUUAUUUAUCAAUGUCUUUCGAUACGCUGGACUGCGUAUAAACAAUUAAUAUUCUUGGCAAUAGACUCGUGAACAAUUAAGAAAUUCAAUAAAAUGGCUUUCAACAGGUUUCAAGACUCCAUUUGUUUAUCAAAAUUAAUUUAAUACAUAAACCUGUAUAAAAAAAAUUGAUAUCUUUGGUAACAGACUUGUCAAAGAUGAGAGAAAAAUUGAAUAAAAUUAAUUUAAACAGA